AUGGCGACCACCAAUGAAGGCCAGGAUUUGUUAAUGAUCCUGUUGGAUCUGCUUGGCCAACUGAUCGAGCUUUUCAUUCGAUUCGUCAAGCAGGCUGUCGAUUACUUCUUCCCCGACAAAGACGCCAAACUUUCUGAUCAUUCAAAGGAAGAAAAUGCCAAACUUUAUGAGCAGCCCCAGUACGAAAAUGCUAAACUUUAUGAGCAGCAGCCCAAGGAAGAAAAUGCCAAACUUUCGGAUCGACCAAAGGAAGGCAGCGGCAGACUUUCUGAUCAGCCCAAAGAAGGAAGUGCCAAACAUUCUGACCGACCAAAGGAAGGAAGUGCAAAACAUUUUGAUCGGUCAAAGGCCUCACUGGAGGAUAAAAAUUCGUGAGUCUAAUUUUUUAUGGUUCGAUAAAAGUUCCUUAUUUCGGCCACAACUUAUAACUUUGCGGAAAGUGGUCGGAAUUAGCCCAAAUUUAGCGUGCACGCUUUUUUGCUUGCGCUUGGCAGAGGCAGCCGAGAUAAAUUGUUUUUUCAAAGGGAGUGCGCGAAAUGGGGAGGGGGCUUAAGACUUUGUACGUUCUUUCUGAAACACUGAUCUAAAUCCUAGCCAAGUUUUAUCAGAAUCAGAGCGCCGCACGUAGAACACCGUACCUUUUGAAAUCCCAAAAAAAAAUAUCAAAACUUUGUGGAUGAACUUGAUACAAAAAGUAAAUUCAGCAAUUUCGCAGGCAACAAAAAAUUUCUGAAGUUAAUUUCAAGCCAAAAUAGAGCUCUGUACAGCAAAAACUUUCUAUAAAAAAUCUAUUUUUUGUCCUUUGCGAUUUUUUCUACAAAGACAUUAUCGUCUUAUGCGCACUUUGUGCCCUUGCACCUUUGUUUCUCAGAUUAUACUGAGAAUCAAAGUAUUUACUUUUCUUCCCGAGAUUACUCCUUUAUCUUUUUGUAGUGAUGACAGUGCCCCGACCGUCUUCGAGGAGAUCGGCGCCCAACGACAGCCGGCCGUAAGUCGCAAGUUGAGCCGAGUCUUCGCCAAGGAAAGGAAGAAAAAAUCAGCUGCAAAGUUGAAGAAGCAAAAAUAA